ACAAGGAAACCACUUUGAAAAGUUUGCAAAAGAAGAUUUUCCUCAACUUAUCCACAUAAUGGGGACUUUUACUGAUGAAACUUCACAAAAACAAAUAAUAACCGACUCAACACUGCCAAAAGAUGCUAAUAAUAAUGGCACGUACACGAAACUCAAAACUCCAAUUUCAACUAAGAACCAACAUACUGAAACUGAACAAGAAGACACUAAAAUCACUGUUACUGAUGAAAUUCAACGUCUAGAAACCAGUGUUACACACAAGAUAUCACAAAUGCUGGAUAAUCAAAAUUCAAAUUUUCAAACAUUGAAAACAGAGAUAGAACAGGUAAAGUUGAUAAUAAAGUGUACUAAAACAGCUGAUGAACUUGACACAUUGUUACAAGCAUCAAAAAAUGAAGUAAUAAUACUAAACGAAAGAUUGAACAAUAAAAAGGAAGAGAUAAAUCAUCUCCAUAUUAGUAAUCAACAACUUAAGGACACUCUUAAGGAGUCAAUAGAGGACCUUAAUACUGCAUUACAGUCAUCAAGAAAUGAAACCCAUGUUUUGAUGGACAAACUCGACAAAAAGGAUGAAGAGAUCGAAAAAUUCAGUACCAGCAACAGAAGUUUAAGCGACAAGUUGGAUAAUCUUUUUGAACAUAAUCUUAACCUCAAAUCACAACUGCUUACAUUACUUGACCCACAACAGGCAACUCAAGUAAAAACACAGGACAAAUUCACCUUACAGAAGGCAGAUACCUCACACCUUGAAGAAGAAUAUGUCCCAAAAGUUCUUCUGAUUGGUACCUCAAACACUAAAGGAAUAAAAGAAGAUAAAGUAACUAAUGCAGUCAAAAUUCACAAAUCAAUUCAAUACACAAUAGACGAGGCAACUACUUACAUCACACAAUACGAAGAACAACCAAAUCUAGUAAUCCUGCACAUUCUUACAAAUGAUCUAAAAAAAUAUGAACCUACAACAUGUGUUGACAAAUUAAUGCACCUAGUGCACCUUAUCGGACAAAAAUGGACUCAAAGUAAAUGUCUGAUAUCACUAGCUACACCUAGAGCUGACGAUAUUAACCACCACACUAAUGGUGUGAUCAUAAAUGCCUUGAUCAAACAGAAAAUAUCGAAUUGUCACCAUGUUACGGUUGUAGAACACACAAACAUGCUAUCAGGAGGAAACACCAUGAUGACACUAUUGUCUGAUGACAAAUAUCACCUGAACGACAAAGGAACCUCAAUACUGGCAAACAAUCUGAAACACGCAAUACAUUCAACCCUGAAUAUAACAAUACAGCGUAACAGAAGCAGAUCCAGAAGUCGCAACACAAACAGUAGACAAGUAGGACGUGGACGUGGUCGUGGCCGUGGCUUAAUGGGACCCGCACCUCAUAAAUAACAUUAAUAAUUAAGAUUCAUAAAAGAAAAUUAUUGUAUACAAAAAAUAUUGGACAAAAAUUGUUAGUUUGUAAAUUGCUCUAAUUUUUCUUUUUUAAGAUUUUCCCAGUUUACAAGUACUUAAAUACAUACUAUUUUUCUUAAACAAAGAAAUUCUACCAAUUAUCUGAUUUGAAAAGUUAUUUCAAGAAAGAAAAAAGAAGAAGAUAUUUUGUUAGCUUAAAAAAAAAA